AGGAGGGAUGUGCAGAGGAUUAUCAGGCUUUUAAAAUCGGUAUUUUGUGUUUAUCUUGCACAGAGAGGGAGGGGAGACAGAGAGUCCAGGUUCAAAACAGCAGCUAACCAACUUUUUAUUUCAUUUAUAGAUUAUUGAAGCAGAUUUCUGUUGGAACUGGUGAUCUUUGUUUUAAAAUCCCUCAACCAGGAGACGGAUGAUGGAAUCUGGAGCUGAAAGAGAGGCAGGAGGUUUAUAGCGUCAGCUGGUCCACCAUGUGGUCGCCUAGACAACCGGAGCUGCUGCUCUUAUGGAUUUCUAUACUGGCCCCUCCAUCCCUCUUGCAGCCCCCCCUCUCCCUCCCGGUCCGGAUGUCAGUCUUCCCUCCUCACUGGCAGUUCCUCCCUCUUUCCCAGCUUGACCCAGACCCUCUCUUCUCCAACUCCAGCCCCUUCUCGUCCUCUCAGAGCUUUUUCAUGCUGCCGUGGCCCAGCCAGGCGCCGACCCCCGUCCUCCAGGCUUCCUUUGGCCCUUACUCUGUUACACAGCUCGUGUCCGAGCCUUUCCUACUGAGUUCUCCGUCAGUACAUGCCUCCCCCCUCUCAGAAAAUGUGGAGAGAGAGAUGGAUGAGGCAGGGGUGGAGAGGUUUAGGGUGAGGGUCCUGUUUCAUAAGAGAGAUGACAUCGGCACCCAGGGGACCUGCAUCACCCUGCACGCGUUCAAGGAGACGGAGCAGCGCAAGGCCUCCUGCAUCCCCCAGCAUCCUCUAGGCUUGUGUCUGGUCACCCUGACGCUACCUGGUGAUUGGUUAAGGGAUCAGGAUCCACUCACCGACCAGUCACAAAAGGACUGGCACAAGCGGUACGAUACCGUCCACCGUCACCGCUGGGCACCGACGCAGCAGCGUGGCCACCAUCGUCAUGGCAACACGGCCAGCCUUCGAUCCCAACCAAAGUUUAAGACCACCCGCGUGGAUGCUCUUCGAGGCCUCGGAGCCCAACGAGACCAGAGUAGAAACCAAAUCCAGCUUUACUACUCUUCCUUCAGCGCAGAUGCUGAUUUGAAGAUGACCCAAGAAAGAUGUGUGGAGGACAGCGGGACUCAGUCCCAGAGGCAGCUCUUCCACAUUAAAGCAGUAACUCUGAGGGAGGAGCAGGAAGACGGCGGGACAGACGGGAGGAGGAUUGAACAGGCAUGUCUGAAUGGACAGCAAGUGGAGGUGCUGAAUGUGGACCGGCAUGUGGUGGUCCGGUAUCACAGAGGUCCGGUUCUGACAGGACAGCCGAUCAGGGUGUCUGUCAAUCUGAGGGCCAACAUCACUUCUCACUUUGCUGUGAUCAGGAUGAAGGUGAGGAGGGGCCUGGUGUCCACGGUGGCUCAGAGAGCGCCAGACUCCGACCCGUGGGCGGUGACCGUGGAGAGAAGCCAAAGCUUUAAACAUGAUGUGAUCUCCAUCUUCUGCCACAAACGAACCACAAAACAACAUUACAGUCCAUCUCUCCUCCAGCAGGUGGCGUGUCUGUCAGUCGACGGCCUGAGGCGGAGCUUCGACGUUGCCAUGACUGUGUCUGCUCAUUGGUGGGUGGAGUACUCAGGGCACGGUAAACACCUGUCGCCACGCGGGACAGAGGCGAGCAUGUUCUCUUUCGCAGAUCGACACAUCUUGGGCAUCGUUCCCAUCACAGAGACUAACACCAUCAUCAACACCGCCAUACUGACCAACCAACCCGUGUCACUUCCUGUCACGGUCCUGGCCAUGAGCCAUGGUGAGAAGGUGUCAGACGUGACAUCUGCGGUCACCUGCCGCUCUGGCAACGAGAACACUGUCAAGGUCUCCAGCGACUGUUCCACCAUCUUUGUGGACGGCAGCGAAUCCGGGCUGGGAAGCACGUGUGCGAAGGUGGAGUUUAAUCUGGGCAUGCUCAGUGGCUCUGUGUGUCUGAAGGUGUGGGCCCCUGCAGUGCCCCUGCGAGUGUUGUUGGGAGACCCCGUUCUCAAUGCCAUUGAUGGCUGGAACUUCUUCACAGAAGAAGGGUGCGUGCCGGUGUAUCAGCGCUCCUCGGUCCAUAUUCUAACUCAGUUCACAGCUCAAGAUGUUCACGGAAAAACCGUGCAGCUCCUCGGGACGUCAGACUGGUUUGUUGAUGUGACUGAUCUGGUCCAAAGCUGGCUGAGGGUGGACGAUCCCGGGGUGGCGUCGCUUGGCCCCCACAAUGUCCUCAUUGGUCUAAGACCGGGAAAAACAUCCCUGCAUGUCGUAUCUGAGCAGUGGGACGGUGUACUGGGCAGGUGUGAAGUCAUCGUGACCUCUGACACCGUCAUCCCCGGUGACCUGUCUGUCCAGGUGGUCAGCGGUCUCAGCAUGUCGGUCAAGGCCAACCCCGCCCAUUCUUCCAUCAUCACCACAACCGUGACAGCUCACAACAUCCUGCACAACCAUCACCAGGAAGCGUCCGUCAGUGUCUGGAUCCAGUUCAGCGAUGACUCCGCCUCCCUCCUGUCCAGCUUCGGUGACCUCCCGCACUUCCUGCGUCUCUCCUCGUUGGCUGAAACGGUGGUUGUGGUAACGCCCAGCCCAGGACAACGGAUCUUCGCCCAAGGAGAUGGCGGCGGACCUCUACUUCAGGCAGAACUUCUGGUCUCUGCCUGCACUGAGCAUCUGAUCACCUCCAACUCCAUCAGUGAUGCUGAGAGGGCCUGGAUGGACUCUGAGGGAGGACGGAGCACGAGACGGCUGGCCAGAGGAUCUGGGUGGAUCCGAGUGAACCUGAACUCGGACGUCCUCCGGCCAGUGGGGAAGAAGUACGAUGAGGUCGAGGGGUUCGGCUUUGAUAUUUCAGAUAUGCUGGUUGACUCCGACGCGGACUUCUACACAUCCAACGAAGACGAAGGUGGGAAUGUGAGCAGCGGAAGUAUGGGCGAAGACAAGGGCCGGGGCGAGAGGACCAACAGACGGUGGAACAAGUUGAGCGACAGAUGGAUGGUCAGUCAGGGCGCGCUGGAAAAAGCUGUGCUGUCGCCCAGUUUAGAGAAGAACUUCUUCCCGGGUCAAGAGAAGGAGGCUGAGCCGGGAGGCGAGAAGAAGGAAAGGGAACGGGGUCUUCCAGAGCUGGGGAUCGGUCUGGGCGUUGUCUUUUCUCUUCUCGCCCUCUGUGCUGUUCUCUUCCUGGCAAACUGUCUGCCCGGCACUCUGCGGGCCGGCAGGAGGACCAGGCCUGGGCCGGAGAGGGAAGCUCGCCUGGAGGAGCCCGCCUCGGAGGGGAGGGAGGACCAGGACUUGGAGGAGGAGGCCACAGAGAGACAAGAUGAGGUGAAGCACAUCCAGGAGGAGAAUGAAGUGGAGAUCAUUUGCUGAGGUUCACCAACCCAAGAUCGCCACCUGUCGUCUGCUCUGUCGCAGGUGUUUAACUGUCGGGACAGAAGAGUUUAAAUGGUCACUGUGUCUAGCCAGACCGGCGGUUCAGCUCUCCUGCUGCAGUGUUACAGCUCCAGCUGAUGUAAAGUUCCGAGUAGAUAUUCAGAACCUUCUCACAUCUGUGGAUUUCUCUUUUUUCCACCUCAACAUGGUCACAUAACACAACUCAUCCUCCAGGACUUUAUUCAUGUAAAUAAAUGGUUGUUGGUUUCUCUUUCAAGAACAAAUCCCUCUUUUUAUAACUUGUUGCUUAAUGUUUUCCUCGUAUUAAAGGGCAGGUACGCACAGCCGAUUCAUGUGCUUAAUAAACAA